UCUGUAAAUGUGCGGCUUCAACCACAUCCGUGCUUGCAGUUUAUCUGACAACUAUUGUGCUUUUCAAAUGAAAGUCUGCAGCUUUACAUCCGGUGCUGCUGUCGCUCUCCAGCUGGUUUUGACGCAGCUCGGUGGAGUCACAGCUCCGCUCCAGCUGUUCUCACCGCUGCUUCGCCUCGCUGCCUCUGCUCCGAUGCUGCCUGCCUUCGUUUCAAAUGUCACGGCGACCAUGACAGGCAUCGCGGCCGUUUCCUUCUUCUCCAACGCUUGCAGGUUCGCCGGCUGCGGGCUCCACUUUGACUCCCUGACCGAGCUCAUCGUGCACAUCGAGGAUAACCACAUCGAAACAGACCCCUGUUUCUUGGAGAAGCAGGAACAGCAGCAGCCGACAUAUAUUGCUCUCAGCUACAUCAAUAGCUUUGUGAUCCACAAUGCCAGGUUCAUGACAGACGCUGCGAGGCGAGAACACGAGGCCCUGAAGAAAAAGGUGCAGCCUAAGCUCUCUCUGACGGCCACGUUGUCACGCACCAACGUCUCCACACCACCCCGUCACACCAGUGGAAACCUCACCCCUCCUGUCACCCCACCGAUCACCCCUUCCUCUUCCUUCCGCAGCAGUACACCAACAGGUAGUGAGUGUGACGAUGAGGAUGUAGAGUUUGAGGCGUCUGACAGUGACGAGUCGUGGACCACAGAGAGCGCCAUCAGCUCUGAGUCUAUCUUAAGCUCCAUGUGCAUGAACGGAGGAGAUGAGAAGCCUUUCGCCUGUCCUGUUCCCGGCUGUAAGAAAAGAUACAAGAACGUGAACGGCAUCAAGUAUCAUGCCAAGAACGGACACCGGACCCAGAUCAGGGUGCGCAAACCUUUUAAAUGCCGCUGUGGGAAGAGUUACAAGACAUCUCAGGGUCUCCGGCACCACACCAUCAACUUUCAUCCACCCAUCUCUACUGACAGCUUCCGUAAGAAGCAGCAGUAGAGGUGGAGUCCAUGACCAGCACUUUCCCUCGGGCCAUAUAAACAUCCAUCUAAAGUUCACAUCACCAGCAGCUCCGCUCGCUGCCUCCAGUUUCAUUUUCCCUUCUUUUCACUUUGCUAUAACACUAGACUAUGUUUUAUUUGCACAGUAUAUAUGUAUUAUUCAAUCUUAAUCCCCAUGCAAAUUGCCAUAUUUAUGUCAUUCACAUUUUGUAUUUUUGCACAUUUCAGAUAUUUUCUAUCCCACCUUUGUUCCCUUGACUUAUGGUGCUUGUUGAUCAUGUAGACUUGAGAAGUAGCCAGGAGAUGAUUAGUUUUACAAAUGCAUUGUCCUUUAUAUACUGAGUACAUGGACAGAUUCCUGUGUUUUCUGUUGAAAGGAAACACCAUUACGCACUCUGUCGUAGCCUUUGAGCUUGAAAUGGGAAAGAGGCAAAUGAAGAAACUGAAUGUAGCCUGACUGGGAAAAAUGAGUCGUUUGUCUUAAACACAGUUACUUUUCCAUUCAUAGGACAUGCAUAACAUCUCUUUUGUGGGAACACCAAAGGAUAAUCUCAGGUGAUUUUUCUGCAAGCAUUUCAGCUUCGCUUUUGCCUGAUCGUUUUAAAUGAGUCCAUGCUGCUCAGAGGGAUCAUGAGAACAUUUUUGAGUAGCAGUUCUUCGUGUCUUGGGUAACUUUCUUUAAGACUAAGCAGCUGACCUUCCUAAUUUCACAGUAAGGCAUUGAAGCACUUUAAAAAAAAAUGAGUAAACAAGUCCAAUUCUUCAGGCCUCAGUAUUGUGACAUUUCUGAAUGUAUAGCAGUUGCCUUGAAUCGUAUCCCAUUCCAAAAACACCCAAACAGCAUGUCUAUGAAUGUCUUCAGUUUGAGAGUCACCGAGCAGUUUAGCUUUAUGCCCAACCACUUCUGUUUAGUUUUCACUGCCUGAGUGAAAACAGUUUCUUCCACUGUUUAAUAGGAAGAACCAGUGAAAUGGCUCCGUGGCUGUGCAUUCAGCUCCUAUUUUGUGCCAUAAUAAGAAUGAAGUAUUCAGAACAAUCUGCCAAAGUACCAACAAUAGCAGUCAGCUGCAAAAACAAAGGAAUUAAAUAGACACUGAUGUCAUCUACCUUUAGGAUUGCGAUGGUUUAUUUUACCAGAUCUUUUUUUUUAUUAUUUUGUAAGAGCACAAUGAUGCAAAAACUGACAUCAUACUGUGACUACUUAAAACCUGGGCCUGCAAAAUAAUUUUCUCAUGCAUGCAGGUCCAGUCCAUGUCUCUCAGCAAGUUGCAACUCAACCGCAUAAAUCUGGCUGGGUAUUCAAUCACUAUUCUUGCCGAUUUUGGUGAGUUCAUUUAAAUUUGUCGGUUUCCAGGCAUGAAGUCGAAGUUACAGUCGAAGGCCAAACAGCUUAACGUUAGUUUACUUCUCUGUUAUAUUUUUCCCCUCUAAUAGUUCUUGGGUGUUCGCCUAUUAAAUGCCUGCAAAAUUUGUUUCUCUUUAGCAUUUUCUUUGGUACACAACUAAAUAAACUGGAGCAUUCCUGUUUUA